ACCAUUGGAAGGAGCUCACUAUGACAGGGCAGAGUCUGAAGGCUUUAUCUGAAGCGAAUUUUGAAGACAAUGAGAUCAGCAUCAACGUUGGAGGCUUUAAGAAAAAGAUGAGAUCCAACACAUUAUUAAGGUUCCCUGAGACCAGGCUGGGCAAAUUGCUGAGCUGCCACUCAAAGGAGUCAAUACUGGAGCUUUGUGAUGACUAUGAUGACACCAAGAAUGAAUUUUAUUUUGACAGAAACCCUGAGCUCUUUCCUUAUGUGCUACAUUUUUAUAACACUGGCAAGCUCCAUGUGAUGGGUGAACUCUGCGUGUUUUCUUUCAGCCAGGAGAUUGAAUACUGGGGAAUCAAUGAAUUCUUUAUAGACUCCUGCUGCAGUUAUAGCUACCAUGGGAGGAAAAUGGAGCCAGACCAAGAGAAAUGGGAGGAGCAAAGUGACCAGGAAAGUACCACAUCUUCUUUUGAUGAGAUUUUGGCAUUCUACAAUGAUGCCUCUAAAUUUGACAAACAACCCUUUGGAAACAUCAGGAGGCAGCUCUGGCUUGCUUUGGAUAAUCCUGGGUACUCGGUUUUAAGCCGCAUAUUCAGCAUCCUUUCAAUAGUGGUGGUGCUGGGCUCCAUCAUGACCAUGUGCCUGAACAGCCUCCCAGACUUUCAGAUUGUUGACAGCAACGGGAACCCUGAGGAAGACCCUCGCUUUGAAAUCGUGGAACAUUUUGGUAUUGCAUGGUUCACUUUUGAACUGGUGGCAAGAUUUGCAGUAGCUCCUGACUUUUUAAAAUUUUUCAAGCAUGCCCUGAAUUUGAUUGACUUAAUGUCUAUCCUUCCGUUUUAUAUUACGUUAAUUGUCAACUUGGUGGUGGAAAGUAGUCCGACUUUGGCAAAUUUAGGCAGAGUUGCACAAGUCCUGAGACUCAUGAGGAUCUUUCGCAUCUUAAAGCUUGCUAGACACUCCACAGGUCUCAGGUCUCUUGGAGCCACCCUGAAGUAUAGCUACAGAGAGGUGGGGCUUCUUUUACUUUACCUCUCUGUUGGCAUCUCCAUUUUCUCAGUAGUGGCUUACACCAUUGAGAAAGAAGACAAUGAGGGCUUAGCCACCAUCCCUGCUUGUUGGUGGUGGGCUACUGUUAGCAUGACCACAGUUGGCUAUGGAGAUGUUGUGCCAGGGAGCACUGCUGGAAAGUUGACGGCAUCUGCAUGCAUCCUAGCUGGUAUCCUAGUGGUAGUUCUUCCCAUUACACUGAUCUUCAAUAAAUUCUCCCACUUUUAUAGGCGUCAGAAACAGUUAGAGAGUGCCAUGAGAAGCUGUGAUUUUGGCGAUGGCAUGAAAGAGGUCCCAUCCAUCAACUUAAGGGACUACUAUGCUUAUAAAGUUAAAUCCCUUAUGGCCAGUCUGACCAAUAUGAGCAGGAGUACCCCCAGUGAGCUGAGCCUGAAUGAUUCAUUGCAUUAGUGUACAAGUCUGACAGCAGUUUGCAUGAGAGCUAUCAAGAGCUAUGUCUAUAAAUGUUUUACUCUGUCUUUUUUUUUUCUUAGAGGAUAGUGUUGCUGACACUGCACUUUGCACUUGAGAAACUAAAGACAUUUCUAUUACAAGUUGACACUUUGCACAUCUUCAUCUUGUUGCAUAUGGUACUAGAUGCUGACUUUUCCAUAUGAAUGUUACCACUUCCAUGACAUUAGUGCUAGUGGUAUAGUGAUGACCUGUUACUUUGUGCAUUUUCUCAUCUGAGCAGAGAUAUGAACGUACCCAAGUGGAAUAUAAAUUUUCAGCUGUGACAUGAGUAAUGAAAAAA